AUGAUAGAUUCUUUAUCCGAGGGAUUCAACACACUCAUGAUUGAUCGAAUUGGAUCUUCUAUUAUAAUCAAAUGUUUGAAGCGCCUUGAUACUCAGCUAAACCAGAAACUAUGCGAGAAAGCAGUAGAGAAUUGCCUCCAACUGGCCACACAUGAAAAAGGAUGUAUUUACUUAAACGAGUUCAUCACCUACAUUAGAGGACCAUACAGAGAUCAGCUUCUAGAGACGAUCUCAAUAAACUCACUUUACCUUUCUCAAGACCCUACAGGGAACUAUGUUGUUCAACAUGUGCUAGGAUUGUUCAACCCAGUGUUCACCCAAAAGAUAUGUUGUAUCCUAAGCGGCCAUUAUGUUAGGCUCUCAUCCAUGGUAGGUGGAAGCCAUAUAGUAGAAAAAUGCUUGAAAUCUCCAUGGAUGGAUUAUCCACUAGACGAACUUGUCAACUCUAACAAACUCGGACGACUUGCUGCUGAUCAAUUUGGAAACUAUGUCAUCCAAACGGCACUCAAAGUCACAAAGGUAAUUUGCUCUAUCUUGACCAUCUCUUUUAUUUAUUUAUUUUUUAUCUCUCUCUCUCUGAAACUGUUGUCGUUUUGUUUCUUUUCUACAGCAUGCAAAAAGUCAAAUUCAUGAAAAGCUUGUAAUGAAACUCCAACAACACCGGAACAUUCUUCAGUUUGGUUAUGGAGUCAAUGUGCUCGCUUUGAUCGAUCCGAACAGAGCUGUCAAAUUUAAAGUUGCGAAAGCUUGUACGGCCAAUGUUG